AUGAAUCCUGAAAGUUGCUUCCAUGCAAUGUCAUGUCUUCCUCAAGAAGAACGAACUAUAGUGUCACGCCUUGGUCGUGGACAGAUCAUUCCAGUGCCCUACAAGUCGAUACACGAGGCAUUUGAGGGUAUCGUCAAGACUCACCCCACGGUCAUUGCCGCUACAAUUGCUGGUCAAACACUCACAUACCUCCAGCUAGAUGUAGCUGCAAAUCGGCUUGCCCAUUGUAUGAUACACUCUGGGCUGAAACCGGGCGAGCGUGUUUGUCUUGUCGUUCGGCGGUCAUUUGAGAUGCUGGUUGGAAUAUUUGCAAUCCUCAAGGCCGGGUGCCAAUAUGUGCCAAUCGAUGGGGGAGUAACCUCAGAGCAGGCCUUUAUGCAUAUUUUCAACGACUCCGAAGCACGUUUCAUCCUCUGCCUUCCGCAAUUCUGGGAUAAGAUCCGGCGUUUUGCUCGAAAAGACGCUGUCAUGUUCGCCCUGACUAUGGACAUUGGCGCCUUCUUUCCUGCAACGAAACCAACAGUGCAGGUGUCAUCGCGAGACGCUGCGUACGCUAUCUACACUUCGGGAAGUACAGGAAAACCCAAAGGAGUCAAUGUCUCACACGGUAAUGUCACGAAUGCUCUACUUUUGGAGCCAGCACGACUGGGGAUUACGGUUGGAUCAAAGGUGGCUCAAGUCCUCAACAUUGCAUUCGAUAUGGGUCGAUACUCUGAUUACAACACCAUCGAUUUUGUGCAAAUAUCGCCGACGCUCAUACCCUGGAAUCAAGCACAUUGCAACUGGAGGCGAAAUAUGCCCUCAGAGCAGCCUGUGCGAAUGGGACAGAAAGGUACAAUGUCUAUGAUGUUCAACACAGGCGACAUUGCACGUUGGAGAGUUGAUGGCUCCCUGGACAUGCUUGGUCGAAAGGAUGACCAAGUCAAAAUCAAGGUAAACUCCUUCACACGGUCAAUAGUUCUGGGUCUUAACGUUAAGCAGGGCUUCCGUGUCGAGCUUGAUGGAGUCACUCAAGUCAUCGAGAAAUUCCCUGGGAUAAGACGAGGAACCGCCAUGCUCAUCGAGGGUGUGCUAUGCGGAUUCUAUGCGAACGAUGAUGAAAUCUCGGUAGAUGAGCCAGCUUUGGAAGCUUUUGUGCGAAAGCACCUUCCCUACUAUUCUGUACCGGAGAAAUGGAUGCACGUUGGUUCAAUUCCACUUACAGCCAACGGCAAGGUCGAUCGCAAACAGCUGAGUGAAACAACGUCGUUGCAACGGAGUAGGCCUGAUUCUGAUACCGACGCCUCGCAAGGAGAAUUGAAAGAUACAGAAAAGGGCAAAAUCUUCGUCACAAGUCAAGCAUCUGAGCUCGAGGGCAUUUCUGAUCGGGAAAGUGUCGACAAAGUUAUCGACAUACUGCCCCCAAUAUAUGGCCCCCGUGGUCUUCGAUGGCUUCGGCAUCGCGCAUUUAUCCUGUAUCGACGAUUCUUUUCGGUCGUCGUACUCAGCAAUGUGUCAGUUGCUUCUAUCAUCCUGUACCGCGAAGCAAGACAACAAAAGAAGGUUCUGCCAGCCCUCGCGACAGCUACGGCCAGUAACCUAGUCGUAGCUGUCCUGAUUCGGUGGGAGCCGGUCAUCAAUUUGCUGUUCACAACCUUCUGCUCUGUCCCGACUUGCUUUCCUCUCGCUAUUCGACGCCACUGUGCCAGAAUAUUUCACAUUGGUGGAAUACACAGCGGCUGCGCAAUCGCAGCCAUUAUGUGGCAUUGUGCAUUCACUAUAGCCGGUACUUUAGAGCUAGGAAAGGCCGCGCCACUGCGUCGCAUAUCCCUGGCUCCGAUUGUUCUGUCAUACCUUGGCCUUGUCAUUUUGGUCCUCAUUGGCUUGACCUCUCAUCCAGCUUUCCGCGCAAAGUAUCACAAUGCCUGGGAGGCGAUUCAUCGCUUCGGUGGUUGGACAUGCCUGAUUCUCCUGUGGGCGUUGACUGCACUUGCGACCAAGGAUCUCAAUCCGACAGUGGCACCAUCAGUCGCCUAUGCAAGUUCACCGUCAAUUUGGCUUCUCGCAGUCGCCACGGCAGCCGUCAUAUUCCCAUGGCUCUUCCUACGUAAGGUGCCUGUUCGGUCCGAAGUUCUGUCCCACCAUGCUGUACGGCUCUGGUUCGACUAUACCACACCUGUUGUGGGAACCUCGGUGAGACUCGCGGAGCGUCCUUUGGUCGACUGGCAUGGCUUUGCGACAAUCACCAACCCCAACGGCAAAGGCUUCUCGCUCAUUGUGAGCCGCGCGGGUGAUUUCACUGGUCGGACGAUUGAGCGCGCACCGUCACAUGUAUACGUCCGUGGCAUUCCAGCAUGCGGUGUCCUACGUAUUGCAACAUUGUUCAAGUCAGUGGUCCUUGUUGCAACAGGGUCUGGAAUUGGGCCCUGUCUUGCUGUCAUUCUAGCUCGGAAAGUACCGUGCCGUAUCUUGUGGACGGCUCCCAACCCAGAACAGACCUUUGGUAUGGAGAUUGUUGAUAGCGUACGAGCUACGGAUCCACAGGCAAUCAUCUGGAAUACCAGGACACAGGGGAAGCCAGACAUGUCGCUACUGGCGUACAAGUUGUGGAAGGAAAGCGGGGCUGAAGCAGUGUGUGUGAUAAGCAACAAGAAGUUCACGACGACGAUUGUAUAUGACAUGGAGAGUAGAGGGAUCCCAGCAUAUGGGGCGAUAUUCGAUUCAUAA